AUGUCCAGCAUCGUCUCCAACACUCGGGCGCUCAAAGGCAUGGGUAGCCACGGCUUCGGAGAAUAUGCAAAAGGCCCAACGCUGUGCUUGGACUCAGGUCCAGCCUCGGUCUGGUCACAAGAACAAAGUCUGUCCUCGGCGAGUCAACAGAUCGUCUCGGCUCCAGCCCCGUAUCUUCUUGUCUCGGUCUCGGAUGUCGAGUACCUGGAUGGAUACGACAGCGACUCGUCGUUGUCUUCGAUCGGAAGCUCCUCGAGCUCAUCCUCCCACGGCUCGCAGGCCUUCGGCUUUGCGUCGGCCGAGGCCGCCGCCCCGCUGUUCGCCAGCCGGCGCCCCUCGAAAAACGUGUUGGCCUCCGACCUGGUCCCCCUCGCCACCGCCAAAUCCUCGCUGCCGACCAGCCACGCUAUGGACGAUCCGGACUUGACUGUUACGCUGCUCGGCCCGCCUCACACCGGAACCCCCCGGCGACAUAUUUCUGCUCCCUGGGCACAAUCCGAGAUCAGCCCCAACCACGCCGCCGUCACCGAUGGCGCCAGCGAAAUGGUGCACGAGCUCAACUACGCCCCCAAUCCAGCUGCCCCUCGCGUCAAAAUCUAUCUCUCCGAUAUGCCCCAGGACACCAAACGUGGAUCUGGUCGGGAGGAUGGCGGGCAGAUUGGCACAAGUGCCAGCGACAAUCUCUCGAUUGCCCAACAUGCACUAACAACCAACAAGGAAAACUCGACCAAGCCGCCGCCGUCUCGGGCUCUCUUGAGCCCUGCCUCACCGGAGAACGCGAGCGACCCUGCCGCUCCUGAUGCAGGUGUCCAGGUUGAAAAGCCUAAGCGCAAGACUGGGCCCGCUGUCACGCCGCUGCCUGAACCCUUCCGAGAUAACAAGACUCCCGAUCCGGAAUUGAACGAGGAUCUUGAUCUCAUCCGUCGAAGAAUUAGCAGUAUGGACGAUGUCUCCGAGGGUCUAUACCGGCCACGUCGGAAUUGGAAUCCUCCUGCAGCAGGCGGAUUCCGCGCUGGCUCGCCUGUUCGAGCUACUCACAAGAUACAGUCCGCCGAGAGGCCUGUAAUUCAAAAUGAAGAUCAUUGCUCGGCGUGCUUUGGUUCAGGCAGACUCCUCUGUUGCGACACCUGUCCGCGCGUCUUUCACCACAGCUGUACUGAAGAGGGAUACGGCUCGGACGAGGAUGUGGAGGGAUUUUGGCAGUGCAAACGGACAUCCGAGCCAAGCACAUCCAUCCGUGCCGGCAAACGAGGUCGCUCGAGCCUGUCAAGUCCAGAGCCUGCAUUUGGCAGAGAAUCUUUGAUUUCGUCCGCACCGGCCGAAACUCCGAGCGAGAUUUUCUCGCUGCUGAUUCAGAACUUGGAGUCCAUGAAUCCACGAUCCUUCGAACUGCCCAUCGAUAUCCGCUCCGAGUUCAAAAACGUCAUGACCCACCCUACAACGCGAUGCUACAUCGAUACCCGGAGCGUAUAUAUCAAGCUGACCGAAACCCGCGGGAACCGCAACUGGGUUACUGUUUACGAGCCGGACGGGGCCAUCACUCAGUCGCAGCAGACCAUCACCAAGCCCCGCGCACGAAACUAUUUUGGGCGCAAGAACCGGUGGCACACUGAUGACGGUGAAGAGGAUUCUAGGGUCCCGGUCGAGAAAUGCUAUAAGUGUGGCCAGACCUGCGUCAGCCCUUCGCAGCUCAACUUUUUGAACUCGAGCCUGAUACCUCAGCCACAUCCCCAAGGUACAGCAGACGAACACAACACCAAGUCCAUCCGCAUCCAGCAGCAGAGGAGCGAGAUGAUCAAGUGCGACUACUGCGACCUGUGGUGGCAUUUGGAUUGCCUUGAUAUUCCCCUCGCUAUGAAGCCAACAGAUCCUGGUGAGAGCAUCGAUGUAGACUAUGCUCGAUAUUUUCGCGAGAAGAUGUGGGGCAAAGAUCCAGUUGAAGAUACCAACCAGCGAUCCAAGGUGCUCAAGGUUGAGCAGCGACUCACUCGAGCGUCCGCUGCAGUGCUGGAUAAAUCCCAGCCGCUGCGCGAAAACACCAGCGCCGAAGUCUCGGACGAUGACGAGGGCCCGCACUAUCGCACCGAUCUCGAUCUUGUUGAGCCGGCAACAGGCACGCUGUUCAUCCGCAAAUUCGUCAACGACGGUCAUAUCGAGAUUGUUCAUGAAGAGGCCGCCCCGGUUUCCCGACCCAGCCGACCGCCAGCUCAAAUCCCCAACAGCACAGGGCCGCCAUCGUCGCCGCAUAAGGCAGAGAAUGCCGGCGAGCGAGCCAAGAUUGUCAAUCUAGAUGGAGUUGCCUGUCGCAUCUCCGAGAGACGGAUCAAAGACGACUUUAUUCAUCGCGUCUUGAAACAAAAUCAGGCUGCCUCGCGUGCAUUAGGAAAGGCUCGCAGCACCAAGCGAGGAGACUCGGCGCUCUUGUCAAUUCCAGAAAAGUUCACAGACCCUGCUACUGGCAAGCGUUAUCGUCUCAAAGCAGGUGUGCGACCGCCGGGGCCUCUGGAGUCGCCGCUGGAUAUGCUGUGGAUCAAGCGCUUGCGGGCACUUUACGAAGGCGUCCUGGACAGACACGAAAGACACCCGAUGCAUCACCACCUCGAUCUGCUCGCUACGGCAGCUGGUCUUGUGCAGCGAGGCGAGUCCUUUGAUCGAUAUUUAGUUGAGCAGGCCACUAGCAGCAGCGGCUCAGCAGACUCGUCGUUGCGCUCGCCCAUUCACCUUGCCGAGUUUCUGGCAUCUCUGCACAGCUUGACGCAUGAAAUCGAAACGGAGCUCUAUCAGCAGACUGUUGUGGAAAUGUACAAAGCCUCCCGCGGCGUCAUUCAACGAGAGGGCGAAGAACCCGAUUGGAGCCGGCUGCGGCCGCCUCCGCCGCCACCACAUAUUCAGCGAUCAUUGAUCGGUGCGGUCAACGGGCCCUCACAUGUGUCGCGCGAAGAUUCCCAAGCACAUCAAGCAGGUUUGCCACCGUCGAGCUCCUUCAAGGACGAGCCAAUGUUGCUCGAUGAUGCUGAGCAGCGCCAAGACCAAGAUCAUGACCAGCCCGAAGCCAAUGACUGCGAGGACGGACAUUUGGUCGUAGCCGAUCAGUCCCGCCAAGUUCCCGGAGACACCGUGGGGCCUCGCGAAUCUUCGGUGGCGUCUCUCUGGGUCGCCCACGAAUACCCUACCGACAAAGCAUCAAGUUCUGGACUGGAUCUUCUCAGCGACUCUCACUUUAUCAAGCAAAAUGAACAAAACGGAAAGUACGUUUUUGAGUUCUCUGGCUCAGAGCUGCAGCGACUUCGGCAACUUCUCGAGCUGCAAGAGAAUGCCCAGCCAAAGCAGUGA